AUGGUGCUUGAGCUGCACGUCUGGGGACCGGCUUUCGAGCUGCCCUCUAUUGAUGCACAAUGCCUGGCAGCAAUCCUCUAUUUGCGCAGCUGUUUACAGAACCGAGACUGGGUGCUUGUGCCGUCAAGCAACCCGCGCGUCAGUCCACUUCGAGAACUUCCUGCUCUGCUUGACGGUGAUGUCUGGGUUGCUGGAUAUCUCAACAUCAUCAGCUAUCUGCGUGAUAUCUCCCGUGGCAAAUGGGACCUCGAUCAAGAACUCGACGUCCAACAGCAAGCCGACAAGGCGGCGUUGACAGCCUUCAUCAUUUCUCGCGGCCAACCACUCCUCGACCUGAGCCUCUAUGUGAGCAGCGACAACUACCACAAUUCCACGCGACCCGCAUUGGCAGCUAUCUUGACCUGGCCGAACAGCUGGACCAUACCACAUCGACUGCGUGAAGGAGCAAAGAAACGAUCGGAACACCUGGGCUUGAGCAGUUUAGACGUGGAUACCGCACAAGAGGAAGAGGACAAGAAGGAAAAUUUAGGCUUGACUGCUCAUAUACCCAAAUCUUUGCGGAAACCAAAGCAGACAGUCACCGGUCUACUUGGUCGGAACCAGCAGAAGAACCGUUUUCGCUUGGACGCAGUCACGGAUGAUUUCUUCGAUCCACUAAGCGAAAUGCUGGGCGAGAAGCCUUCGCUGCUUGGUGGCCCUACAAAUAGUGCCGACUGUCUGGCGAUCGGCUAUUUGGCGCUUAUGCAGAGACCCCAGCUGCAGCAUGGGUGGUUGAGCGAGUCCCUUCGGAGCAAGCAUACAAGGUUGGAUGAGUGGGCACGAAGGCAGAUUGCUGAACCAUUCGGGACGCCUAGCAGCAAAUCACCAACACUGCCGUGGGAAGGGUGUACUCCGAGAAGUAUGCCACAAAUAUGCCACGAGCUUCUGGAGGGAUGCAUCGGCUCCUUACCCGCCCUCGGAUCUUACUUUUCGGGAUCAGAGAUCUGGUACCUGCAUGCAACAGAUCGUGGUCGAUACAGAGAGAAACACCUCCAAAUGGCGCGAUUGCAGCGACGGCGAGAAAUCUAUGUUGACAUCCUCACAGCCACUUUUGCGUCCGCAGGCUUGAUCUCGUGGUUGAUGCAUGAAGGAAUACUACGGCUACCUCGAUGGAGCCGACCAACACCUAGCCAAACACGAUUUGGUGAAGCCGGAGCCCUUCUCGGCCUAGGCUGA